AUAGGCCAUAACUUAACGAAGGCACCUCCGUUUGUAAUGAAAAUUUUACUGAAAAGAGAUUAAGAGCUGGGCUUUCCGAUGAUAGGUUAAGCAAGAUUCUAUCUCUUUCUUAUCUUGAGAUAACACAAUAAGAAAAAAUCAUUGGUGCUGACCUGAUAUCUCAGCCUCUGUAAGGGAGCAGGACUCGAAUUUUCGCCUGAGAUCAGGACUCACCAAGAUCUUGCUUUGGUAUAAGUUUCAAAGCAAGCAACCCUUAUUUAGAUAGUUUUCGCCUGGGGGAGAGACUUUUGUCGUCUACGGUAUAUCAAAAUAUAUUUAUAGUUUUUACUUUCUAUAGAUAAAAUUUUCAUAAAUUGAAAAUCUAAGACACACGAUUUAUUUUGAUAAAAAUAAUAUAUUUAUUCUAGGACAAAAAUUAUAUUCAUGUUAUCCUUGUAGUGUUUAUCGUCGUUAUAUUCGUCGACGAAUAUAUUUAUUUAGUACUUAUUUAAUUAUGUAUUUUUUUUUAUUUUCUAUACUAUUCUAUUAUCAUUUGUUAACAUCUUUAAAACAAACUCCAGUUGAAAUUCAAUCAUUUUCUUCAAGUCGAAUAAUGUAUGUAAUUCGAACAAAUUCAAAAUUUUAUGAAAAACGUUUAAAAUAUCUUCUUCAAACAUGGAUAUUAUUAGUUAAUGAACAUACUUAUUUUAUUACAGAUAAAAUUCUACCAAAUAUAUCUUAUAAUCAUAUUAUUCUAACAGAAGAUAUAUGUGGUUAUGAAAAACAUACAAUGAAUACAUUAUGUUGUAAAACAGCACAUGAUUUUAUAUUUUUUCAGCGUAAUUUAAAAAAAUAUGAUUGGUUUUGUCAUUUUGAUGAUGAUCAAUAUGUUAAUAUAGAAAAUUUAGAAAAAUAUUUAUCUACAUUAGAUUUUAAUCAUCCAUAUUAUAUUGGACGUAAUUCAUGGUCUAAUCCUAUAAAUAGAUUAAAACAACCAUAUCCAUAUCCAUUUUGGUUUGCAACAUUAGGUGCUGGUGUAUGUUUAUCAAAAUCAUUAGUUUAUCUUCUUCAACCUUAUACUAGAAAUAUUUCACAAUUUGUUAAUGGAUGUUUAAAAGAAAAUUAUCAUGAUGAUAUAUAUUUAGGUUUUCUUAUAUCUGCUUAUCUUAAUGUAACAUUAACAAAAAAUUUUCGUUUUCAUUCUCAUUUAGAAAAAGAUUUUUAUAAUGAUAAAAAAAAAUUUCUUGAAAUAUUUACUGAACAAAUAACAUUUGGUUUUUAUUGUUCUUAUUAUUAUCCAAAGUUUCUUCCAAAUCUUUAUGAAUCUCAUUUAGAUCACUGUCGUAUACGUACACUUCAUUGUCUAUUAUAUCCACAUAUACUCGAAUGUAAAAUAAAAAUACGUCAACAUCUUUUAAAUAUGACCAAAUAG